AUGAAGGCACUUGUGGCGGACGGUACCGAUGGUGCAGCAGUCGCUGAGGUGGAAGAUCUGCCAGUCCGUGAUACCUUUGUAAGGAUCAAAGUACAUGCAUUGGCGCUGAAUCCGACCGACUACAAGCACGUCUUCGGCUUUGCCAAAGGAGGCGAGAUCGUGGGAUGCGACGUCGCAGGAAUUGUCGAGGCAAUCGGACAACAAGUAAAAUCGAAGGUCAAAGUUGGCGACAGGAUUGCGGGCCUCGUUCACGGCUGCAAUUCCUACGCACCCCGAGAUGGCGGGUUCGCAGAGUAUGCCGAAAUCAAAGACGGUAUUUUCGCACACCUGCCAGACGACUGGAGCUGGAGCAGCGGUGCUACGCUGGGUGCCGGAGUCACGACAGCAGGCCAAGGGCUCUUUCAGUCCCUACAGCUGCCUCUUCCUGAUGAACCUACUCCGAAGUCCUUCGCAGUCUUGAUAUAUGGCGGCAGCACGGCUACGGGCUGUCUCGCAAUCCAAUAUGCUCGACUAGCCGGCCUACAAGUCAUCACGCUGGCCUCACCGCACCAAUUCGAUCGUCUGAAAAGCCUCGGAGCGAGCGUCUGUUAUGAUUACCACGAGGGGAACGUUGGCAGCAGAAUUCGGCGCGAGACAAAUAACGGACUGAUGUAUGCCUUCGACAUCAUUACUAACGAGAGCAGUAUGAAAAUCUGCGCCGACGCGCUAGCUGGCGAGGUCACUGGUAGUAAAAGGCCUAGGUGCUCACUGCUUCUGCCAGGAAAAGUAUUCCCAAGCGGCAUCGGUGAGACUUCGAUGAAGUACGGCAAGGUAGUGGAAGGACAGCCUAAGGACUACGAGUUUGCGAAGAUGUUCUGGUCAUUGACGAGCCACCUCAUCAAUGAAGGCAAACUGAAGGCACACGUUGUCGAAGAGAGACAAGAAGGACUUGAGGGGGUUCUCUCAGGCUUGAGAGAUCUGAAGGAUGGAAAGGUGAAGGGCCACAAACUUGUUUACACACUGUGA